CCGGUGGCCGCUGCCAAAGGGGAAGUGAACUGGGGCUGAAGCUAUGGCCCGGGUCUGGAGCCUGCGGCCACAGCCGCCGCCGCCACCAGCGACUUGGGAGCAGCUGCGGCCGCAGCUGGAGCGGGGGCCGGAGUCGCGGCUGGAGUGGAGGCGGCGUGUGUGAGUUGCCGAGAGUCGCCCGUACCGGAACACCUCAAACUCUGGGCGGGAGCGCUUCAGGUGGGCUGAGCUCCGGUCACCCCUCCUCCCCGCGCCCCCAGGCCCAGACAGCAGGGCUGGCGUCUUCCCAGGCGCGGGACUGGCUCCUCUCAGGCCGAAUCCUCCAGGCUGGGCUCUGGGUCUUCCUUGGCCUCAGACUCCCUUCAAACUCAGGACGAAGGCCGGAGGACGGUGAUCUUCUCGGACUCGGGCAUUUUCUCUGUCAGGGUUGUGGUGGCUGGGAGCCCCCUCCUGCUGCCAUCUAGGGAGGGACCAGCGCGUUCCCACCGUCUUGCUUUGCAUCUCCCCGUCUCUUCCCAUUCAAGAACCAAGUUUUCUUGUUUUUCUCUCCAUUGGAAAUCCUGCCCCGGAAGUCCGAAACACCUAUCUGUGUGUCCUUUCCAGCUCUUGGAGUACCCUUAGAAAUACUGUCUGCUGGCCAGGGUUCAGAAUCUCUCAUUCUUGGCUUGACUUUUUAUCCUGAGAGACAAAAGUUGCUCCCCUCCCCAGUACCCUCUUAAGUAACUGGCACUCCAUGCAUAGGCCUUUACCCAUUUGGAUCACCAGCUCCCUGGCCAUCUUUAUGUGACUUCCCCCAUUCAUCUGAGUUUCAGUUUCCUCUGGAGUCCAAUCUCCAGCCCGUAGUGUAUCUGGUCAGUCCCACCCUGGGUGGGAGUGACCAGAGGGCUCUGGCCCAGGAUUCCUCACCCUGGAAGGCAGCUCCAAGGCAGGGAGAGAAUUGGGCGUCGGGUACGAACCUGGCAGCUCAGGAGUGGGUGCUCCACUUACCCCACACAAGAAGAUGAAAAAGCGCAAAGAGCUCAAUGCAUUGAUCGGCUUGGCUGGGGACAGCCGGAGAAAGAAACCCAAGAAAGGCUCAGGCCAUCGCCUGCUUCGCACGGAGCCUCCUGACUCAGACUCCGAGUCCAGCUCAGAGGAGGAAGAGGAAUUUGGUGUAGCUGGAAAUCGCUCUCGCUUUGUCAAGGGAGACUAUUUACGAUGCUGCAGGAUCUGUUAUCCCCUCUGUGCGUUUGUCAUCCUUGCCGCCUGUGUCGUGGCCUGCGUUGGCCUGGUGUGGAUGCAAGUCGCUCUGAAGGAGGAUCUGGAUUCCCUCAAGGAAAAGUUCCGAACAAUGGAAUCUAAUCAGAAAAGCUCAUUCCAAGAAAUUCCCAAACUUAAUGAAGAAUUACUCAGCAAACAAAAACAACUUGAGAAGAUUGAAUCUGGAGAGCUCGGGUUGAACAAAGUCUGGAUAAACAUCACAGAAAUGAAUAAGCAGAUUUCUCUGCUGACUUCUGCAGUAAACCACCUCAAAGCCAACGUCAAGUCAGCUGCAGACUUAAUUAGCCUGCCUGCCACUGUAGAGGGACUUCAGAAGAGUGUAGCUUCCAUUGGCAACACUUUAAAUAGUGUCCAUCUUGCUGUGGAGGCAAUACAGAAGACUGUGGAUGAACACAAGAAAACCGUGGAGCUACUACAGAGUGACAUGAAUCAGCACACCUUGAAGGAAACCAAUGGAAGCAACCAGAUCAUUCCAUCACCUUCCACUCUAUCUGAACUUGACAAUAAAACCCACAGUGAGAAUUUGAAACAGGAUAUCCUGUACCUCCACAGCUUUUUAGAGGAAGUAAACAGUGCCCGAGUUGGGUACCAGAGACAGAAUGAUCUUAAACUCGAGGGGAUGAAUGAGACCAUCAGUAAUCUUACCCAAAGAGUCAACUUGAUAGAAAGAGAUCUGGUUGCUAUGAGCAAGGCAGAAAAGCAAGCGAACCUGUCCUCCAGCAUGGUGAAUGAUAGAGCUGCCACUCUGAAGAGAGAGUCUUUGCAUCAAGUGACCAACAGAAUAGAGUCAGUAAAAUCCCAGGGCAUAAAGAAAGAAGAUAGUUCAGAUUCUCAGGUAUCUAAGCUUAGAGAGAAACUGCAGCUGAUAAGUGCUCUCACAAACAAACCUGAGAGCAGGCCUCCAGAGACUGCCAAUGAAGAGGAAGUACAGAAUUUCACAUCAAAGCCAUCAACAUUGCCAAAAUUCCCACGGUCUCUUGGAGACCAGGUUGAGAAAGCUGUCCAGCUAAGACCUGCUUCCCUUCCAGGAAUUUCUAGCAUCGAAGAUCUUCAGGGCUUAUUCCGUAAGACUGGCCAGGAUGUGGAUGGGAAACUGACCUACCAGGAAAUCGAGGACUCCUUAGAGUCUGUUGGGCCAGAACCAGAGCAUUUGAGAGAGUUUGAUUCUGAUGGAGAUGGAAGAUACUCAUUCCUGGAGCUGAGAGCAGCUUUAGGUGUCUAGUCUCAUCAAGCUCAUUUCAGAAGUGGAUGUAUGCUGUGGACUACCUAUUAUCUGCUCAGCUAACAAAAACAACCCUUUUACCUACCCAUCAAUCCUCCAGUCCUCCAAACUACAAUAGCAGACACAUUGUCACGUUUUAACUUGUUUGAAAAAGCUAUAUAAAAGUUAUUUUUUUAAAAAAAAGACCAUUUUACUUAUAAUAUUCAGAAAUCUAUGAUUUCCUGAAACCAGUAAGAUCUUAAUUUUAAAAUUGCCAGAAAAAAAGUCAAGCCCUCUUUUUUUCUCUUUCCUUUUUCUGACGGGAGGAGACCUUAUCUUUUAAAACUGGAAAAUGUGUAUAUAGCAAGACUAAGCCACCUUUUAUAUUUCACAUAAAUUUGCCUUAAAUUAGCUGCACUUUAUACAGACUCAGAAAAUGUCUUUCCUUCAGCAGAUAGACCUUUUCUGUUUGUAAAUAUUUAAAAUGAAAGAGUCAUGCAUAUUUUGUGAGAAGUGGGAAGAAUGGUUUGAAACAGGAUGUGAACAAAUGACUUGUUAUUAAAAAUUGCUAAUCUUACCUGGUAGCAGCUUGAAGCUAUGUCCCCGUCUCCUUAAGACAUCUUUAGGUGCUGCCAUGGGGUGUGGCCUGGUGCUGGGGGGAAUAGAUUUAGGGAGCGGACACUGUGGGGACAGGGCUGCCUCUAGACUCAGGAAGGUAAGAUCUGGCUAUUUGUUCUGUCCUCUCAGCUAACCCCAGCCUGUGAACCAGAAGUCUUGUUGGGGAUUUUCUCAUUUUAAUCCUGUUUCAGGGUUUAUAUGCAUAAAAAGUUAAUCCAGUAGGAGCCACAUUUCCCCCCCUGAGUGAACUAGAUUAUCUUCCCCCACCCAUCCACUCAAGUCUACCUUUAAGCUCUAACCGACUUUCACCUCUGAUACUAUCUCCAUUCUGAAUGGCAGGGCCGCAGUCCCUUGGCCACUGUCUCAGCCUGGCGACUCAGGAACUGUAGAAGAAAGCACUGCCUCUAAUUCUGACCCAGGAAACUUCUUGAGAUUUUUACCUGGGGGCUAACCAAGAACCUAAUGUGUUCCUCUGUGGGCUGACUAAGGCCAAAAAGGUUGUAAAAUGAAACGCCUGAAAUCAUGUUACAUUUCCUUACAACUGCAGCGCGGAAAUAACUAGAGGCUUUCUGUCCAGAGAACAUGGCAGGCAGGCCUGGAGUAGGGGCUUCACAUGAUGGCAGCAAGUUUUUUCAAAUCUAAUACAAGCAAGUAUAAUCCUCCCGUUAAAUACUUUUGUAGCCCUGGUACUAAAGGUCCCUGGACUAGAAGGAAUUGUUUCUCCUUGUCACCUAUGUUUGUGCUGUGUUGAUCUUAGAAGCAACCUUCAGGCUACACAAAAAGGAAACUGAAGAAUUUAACUGUGCUGUUGGCCAAGUCAGGGAGAAACUAGAGAAGACUUCAGACUUCUUUAGUAGAGCUGGUUUCCAUUUUCACUUUGUCCAAGUUUCCCUGUUAGCCAUGGAUAUAGUUGAGCACCUUUAAAUGUUUAAGGGCUGGUUUUUUUCUUCAUACGAUGUUCAGCUUGGUGUUGGCUAACCUUUCUUUUUCCCUGGAGAUAUUAAAAUUUAGAGUUAAGGCAGGAUGACAUGAAUGUGUCUGCUUACCUCAUAUGGCUCAUGUUUCUAAUUCCUUCACCUCUCUGUGCUAUUUUAUGUUCUUGGAAAGGUUUAAAUAUAGUAUAAAAUUAGUCUGGCACUUUAGGUAACUUGAAGAUAACUUAGUCUUCUGGCUGCCUUUCAUGCCCCCUCCCUUUUUUUUAAUAUAUAUACCCUUGCAAAUUUUGUAACAACCAAAUAAAAUUCUAGCAAUAAACUAUACUGCUAUAUCUGUAUAUAUUGUACCAUAAAUAAUAUGUCCAUACCUGGAAGGUAUUUUUUGAGAAUUGAUUUAUAUGAAAUAUACUUGAGGGUAAUGUAGCUUGUCCUUUUUAGUUUCAAAUUCUUAUUCAUAGGCAAACACUUUGAGGACACCUUUACUCUUUGUAUGUACUUUCCUUUUGCAUCAGCUGUGCUUUUUAGUUUAUCCUCUGUUCUUCCCACCUCAAGGUGGAUGGUACCAUCCUCUCCCCUACCAAAUUUGGCAGAGGUGUUCCUCUACACUCUUAGACUUGUGAAUACCCUUGUCAUACCACCUGGGAAAGUGCUAUAUCUCCCAGGUAGAACUAGGACAUCUUGAACUCCUUUGUUCUAAGUUAAGCACGUUUGUCGGCUUUAAAAAAGAAUCCCCAUAAGCCUGUAUUGUUCAUUAUUUUUUUAUUUUUAAUUGAAGGAUAAUUGCUUUACAAUAUUAUGUUUGUUUUUACCAUACAUCAGCAUGAAUCAGUAUCGUUCAGUAUUAAUUUGGGAUUUUUAUUUGAAAGUUGUCUUAACUUACCCAACGUGUGUUGAUCUGUAAUCAAGCCUAACCUGCCACACCUCAAUCCUGAGAGGAAGGCUGAGUAGAGUUAGUAGUUUUGGUUUUGGUUUUCAUUUCAAAUGCUUUUUUAUCUCUUCAUUCUGGCAGCUCCUACUGCUUUCCUAAGUUACCCAAAGCAUGACUUCUUGGUCCUGUUUUUCUUUUGCCUUCUAUCUGGUAUAAUGUUUACCUAGAGAGACUCCCCCAUAAAUCGAGGGGCAAUAUAUUAAAGGAAGAGAAGACUCGAAGAGAGAAACUGGCUUAGAUCCCUAAAUAGUAGUGUCAUCUUUCAGGCAGAGAAGGGCCUGGCUCUUAGGGUUGUGUCUGUUACAGCACAGCUGAGGAGUGGACGUUGUCCACCUGCUGCUAGCUGCUUGCCCUGCCUUCGGCAUUCCCCCGCUUUGUUGCUGGACAGAGCCCCAUUUGCCCCCCUUCCCGCUCUGGUCUCAGCGGUCACAGUUGAAGAUUUUGACUGAGAUGGGCUCAUACUCAUAAUGGCCUGCUGUUGAGUUGUUUUUAGUGACAGCUUUUGUUUGCUACACACCUCAUUGGCUUGCUUACCAACACAACACCAGUUAGAUGUGGGUCCUCUCUCAUAUCCAAACCAGAACACAUUUGGGUGUUCCUGAGACUUUAUAGAGCGUAUAUUGUUUGUUAUACGAACCUAACCUACCUUGUUGUUUUCUCAUAUUAAGAAAUGUAAAUCUACUUUGCUUUAGUGGAGCUAUUUUGGUAAUGUUUAAGCAGUUUUGGUUCUGUUUAGGGAGUGAAUUCAAGAUUUCCAUCACUUAAUUUUUGGGCUUUGCUAAUUUCAUAUCAGUAAUAAAACCAUUUUAAUUUAUCUAAAUUAAA